AUGGAAAUUGCUGAUCAACCAGUCGAUCAAUGGGACUUUGUGCUCAUUCACGUCAUUAAAGAGAAACUUUCAACUAAACUCUGCGAAAAAUGGGAAGAGUUCACCGGAAUUUCAAAAAUACCGACUAUGAAAGAAUUUACUGCAUGCUUAGAGCGUCGGGUGCAAAUUGAAAUCACUCGGUCCUCUCAAGCACAAUACAAUGUUAAUAAGGGUCAAAAGGUCCAGGAGAGGCCCGCGUCAGGUCACGGUUCACACCCGCCACGCGCCUUUUCGGCUACGAUUCCCUCAAAUGCACAAAACACAAGAACUCAUAAAUUAUGCCCCAUGUGUCAAGGAGAACAUGCUAUCUACACAUGCAAGAACUUUUUAAAGUUAGCCCCUCAAAAGCAAUUCACUGAAGUGAAAAAUGCGUCAUUAUGCGUAAAUUGCCUACGCUGUUCCCACCGUCCAAUAGAUUGUCGCUUAAUGGGAUGUCGCCAAUGUCAUAAGCGACACAAUUCCUUGCUACAUUUUGAACAAAAGGAAAAUCAGGUUAAAUCAACUGCUGAUCCUGUAGCUUCCACAAGUACCUAUCACUUAAGAAUCCCUUCUGAAGUAUAUUUAGCAACCUCUAUCGUCGAUAUUCGCGAUGGUCAAGGUAAUUAUCAACCCUGUCGUAUCAUUUUAGAGGGGGGCGCUCAACCGUGCACUAUCACAAACAAAUGCGUGUCGCGACUUGGUCUGCAUAAAACUUCCUUUGAAAUUCCCCUCUUAUCAUUAAGUCACAUGCAAACUAAUAUUAAAUUCGCGACAUCAGCUACAUUUGAAUCUAGAUUUGACAAUAAAAAACGCAACCUCGAUCUCUUAGUAGUUAAUCAAAUUGCAGAUGCGAUGCCUAGUAUGCCUCUUGAUAGAAAUGCAUUUGAACUUCCGGCUAACAUCUUUUUAGCCGACCCAAAAUUCCAUGAGCCUGCUCCCGUUGACAUAAUCAUUGGAGCAGAAUUCGCGUAUACAUUUUUACGCACGGGUCAAUUAAGAAUGAAGGGGCACGCUGCCGUGCUACAGAAAACGGUUUUAGGCUGGAUUACAGCAGGUAGGGUCUAUAAUCAAAAUCGCAAAACCCAUAAUCGUUCAGCAAACAUAUUUUUUCUUUUUAAUCAAGGCGAAAAAUUGCUUAUUUUGUGGGAGUUAGACCCAGUUUGA